GGAAAUGAAUUCAAUUGACUGUCUUCCAAUUGAUGACUACAUAAAGACUUAUUAUCUGCCAGUGAUGUACAGCAUCAUUUCUGUAGUCGGAAUUGUGGGAAACUUCCUGGUGAUUAUCAUUUACCUGGUAAAACUCAGGCCUUGGAAGAGCAGCAGCAUUAUAAUGGUGAACCUUGCAGUAGCUGAUCUGCUGUAUGCAUUGAGUUUACCUGUGCUGGUCCAGUUUUACGGUACUUCAAACUGGACCUUGGGAGAGUUAAUGUGCCGUUUCAUCCGCUUCUGCUUCUACUACAACCUCUAUGGCAGUAUCCUCUUCCUAACCUGCCUCAGCAUCUUCCGUUAUAUUGCAGUGGUGCACCCGCUGAAGGCUGCUGAGAUCCGGAGGAAAAGAUGGGCCAUCUUGGCUUGUCUGGCAAUUUGGGUCUUUUCCUUGGUGGAGAUCAGCCCGAUGCUGGGGAUGAUUACUGUACAGCAGAAGGAAAACAUGACAACAUGCCUUGACUUCGCCAGUAAUGAUCCACAGGUGGUCUGGUGGUAUGGUUGGAUACUCACAGUGUUUGGAUAUGUGUUUCCAUUGCUGGUGGUGUGCUGGAGCUACACUCACAUUGCAGGCUCUCUGGGCAGCAGCAUAUCCAGAAACAGGCCGAGUCGUUCCCGAGUUCGCAUGUUGUCCAUUCUGAUUCUGGUCGUGUUUGUGCUUUGCUUCUUGCCAUACCAUAUCAUGCGUUUACUGAGGGUGGAUAGCCUGCGAAGACCUGGCGUGUCAUGCAUGCAAAGGAGAGGCAUCCAUGCAGCAUACAUAUUGUCACGACCCAUAGCUGGCCUCAACACCUUCUUCAACCUGGCACUGUAUACACUGGCAGGAGACAAGUUUCAGCAGGCUUUCUGGAGCUUUGUGCACAGGAAGAAGCACAAAAGCAGCACUAUAUUUGUAAUCCACUCUCCAAACAACAUCAAAGAAAGACCUCAUGAGGAUCUGAAAACAGGAACAUUGUGCCAUUUUAAAACUUUUUUUAUUUUAAUAUAUUUUGAAAUGUAAUUUAUUCCAGUCAUGGCAAAGCCGAAUUCCAGUCACAUAAUGCUUUAAAAAAUAUUUUAAUAAGCUGAUUAGGAAACAUUUAUUGUAAUUACCAAUUUACCUUUAUGUUUGAGAUUAUCUGAUGAAUGGCAAGUUCAAAAGAACAACAUUUAUUUUAAAACUAAAUCUUAUAACAAUUAAGAUGUAAUGAUGUUUGUAACAUUAUC